CGUUCGACCGCCUGGUCGUUCGGAGCCACGCCUCCCCUUUCUCCUCCUUCGCCAUCACCCUCAACAUCACUCCAAUACCUAAAGAUGUUGCUCAAAGGCGAGAAGUAUGCCUGCGAGGCGUGUGUGAGAGGCCAUCGUGUUAGCAACUGCCAGCACGCAGACCGACCUUUACAACAUAUCAACAAAAAGGGUCGUCCAGUCUCACAAUGCACGCAUUGUAGGACCUUGCGCAAGUCUCGCUCUGCUCACAUCCGUUGUGACUGCGGCAGCGACAAGGCACAUGCGAAAGGAGCUUGUCCAUACGAUACUGAUUCUCAGGCAGAGAACUGUUGUUGUAGCCAUGGUGGCCGUUGCGCCUGUUCCUUGAAAAAGGAGCAUCUUGAUCCCGUACCCGAAUCUGAUUCGGACGAGCCCUGUUCAAUUUCAGCUCCAGCUCCAGCAAAUGAAAGCCGCAGACCUCGCGCCCUUACUGCGCAGUCGGAGAACGGGUUGACAUCCUUUGUCAAUGGACGUCAUAAGCCAGUACAUAAAAGUAACACAAUGGCCCACAAAUGUGGUUUGCCAUAUGUAGUUCCUAGGACACACUCCAUUCAUGGCCCGUCGCCAUCAGGACUUGCUAAUCGAUCUGUCGACAACUUGCCACAUACGAAUACCAUCGAUGCCUUACAUAGCGAAUCCCACAUUAAAGACUCCAUGGUCAGCGCUCAGCAGGAGCAACGGAUGGUGAAGUCUGAACACGGAUCUCCACUUAUAAGCACAGCAGAUAACUUGGAACAAUGGGGUGGCGUCCUUCCUCCAUUAGACCUCUCAAACUUGUCUGGGGAUUACGCCCAAGGCCUCGAGGGGUUUUCAAGUUUUCCAGACCACGAACAGCCAUUAUUCUCUGCCGGGUUAAGCGCCGCUUCCAUUGAUUGGUCUCACUAUGAUGGCCUUGACUUCAACAACGAUAACUUUGCCACAUCUUCGUACAGCCAAGCGCCAUCUUUCACGGGCUUUGAUUUCAGCAGUAUUGAUCAACCCGCUCUCACAACUACGUCAACUUCGGGUGAGAUUUCCGAGGUGGAGGAGUAUCCCUCCAUGGGCGAUGCUGUUCAUAGCAGACCAACAUUGCCCAACGCCACUAAAUACGGCUCAGAUUUGGACACUUCGGACUUUGGUGGUGACAUUGACAGCUACCGACUAAGCACCGCAUCCUCGUACGUCGGUUUGCCUCAAGCUCAAUUGCUAGCCGGCAACAAUCUAGACACCCUCGACAUUGAAUCUUUUAUGAAAGCUAGCAAUAUGCAGUCCUACUCGGCCAACCACGGCCUUCCUCCUACCAGUUUCGCCGAUGACAGCAAGCUUGCAAACAAUAUGGGCGCUUGGGACGAUAACCCAAAUUUCCCAUCAUUGUCAGCUGAUGCUGAUAACGAUGUUUUCUGGAUGAACAAUUUCUCGACAACCAACCUUGCAAUUGAUGAAGCCUGCGGUAAUUUAGAACUACCGGAAGAAAAUGUUUGGGCUCAAUAA